CCCUUUCUAAUGGCAACAAACAAAGAACGUAUUGAGCAUCUGGAGGCUGCGGUUGGCCAACUUCAAAACACUGUUGGUCAGCUUCAAAACUCUGUUAGUCAUAUGGACCAUGGACUUAAUGCCAAAUUACAACAUAUUGAAGCGGCUAUCACCAAAUUCUCUGAGAUAACAGUUUCUAACAAGGAUGGUACUAGCAGUGUGGGAGAUCAAAGCCAAAGUCAAUCCACUAAGGAGGAUUCAACAAAGGGAGGAAAGCCUAUCUUUGCUUCCAAACUCGCAAAAAUUGAAUUCCCCAGAUUUUCAGGCGACGACCCGACAGAGUGGAUGACUAAAGUCGAUCAGUUUUUCGAUUACCAGAAAACUGACGAUUCUGAAAAGGUAUAUUUAGCUUCUUAUCAUCUUCAGGGGGAAGCAAAUCAGUGGUGGAGAUGGCGUAAGCGUACAUAUCAUGAAGAAGGCAAAGAGAUUUCUUGGGAAAUCUUUGUCGAUGAACUGUGGUCGCGUUUUGGACCUACAGAAUGUGAGGACUUUGACGAAUCCCUAUCCAAAAUUCGACAAGUGGGACCACUGAGAGAUUACCAAUGCGAGUUUGAACGGUUAGGGAAUAAGGUGAAGGGGUGGACCCAGAAGGCCCUAGUAGGGACAUUCAUGGGCGGUCUUAAAAUAGAAAUUUCGGACGGUAUUAGAAUGUUUAAGCCUAAAACGCUGAAGGAGGCCAUCAAUUAUGCUAGGAUGCGGGAUGAGCAAUUGCAGAGGCAGAAAAAGGCAGUUCGAACAUUCAAUCCGACAAACCCACUUUCACCAACAAAAGAUAAGGCGGCAACACCAGUUAAGCGUCUUUCGUGGGAAGAGAUGUAGAAACGACGAUCUGCUGGGCUUUGUUUUAACUGUGAUGCAAAAUUCACUCCUAGGCACAGGUGUGUCAAGCCGCAGCUGCUCUUAUUGGAUGGUGGCGUUGACGAGGACGAUGCGGAGGAUGAGGAUGAUCUUGAAAUUUCCCUUCACGCACUCACAGGAUGGUCCGCUGCUCAAACCAUGAGAGUUUUGGUAAAAAUUGGGACGAUGGAGGUGAUUGCUCUUGUAAACAGUGGCUCUACCGAUAACUUUGGCAGUGACAAGUUCGCAGAAAUCCUCAAAUUACCCGCAACACAGAUAAAGCCAAGUAACGUGAGAGUUGCUAAUGGAGGACAUUUGCAAUGCAGUGGAAAAUUUGAGCAUGUGCCCCUUCUGGUGCAAGUGGCUUAAAGAGCUGGGAGAUGUGAAUUGCAACUGGAAGAAUUUAACUAUGAAAUUUCACUGGGAUGGUCAGCUUCGCAUUCUUAAGGGGAUUAACAGUAAACCCAUUCAAUCAUGUUCCUCAAAGGAGAUGGCGAAG